AUGUCUGACGAGUAUAUCAUUAAGCCAGAAUCAGUCGCUCCUUCAAAGGAUACUUCUGAAUGGCCAUUAUUAUUGAAGAAUUACGAUAAAUUAUUAGUUAGAAGUGGUCAUUACACUCCUAUCCCUUCUGGAUGUUCUCCAUUAAAGAGAGACUUGAAGUCGUACAUUUCUUCCGGUAUUAUAAACUUAGACAAACCAUCUAACCCAUCAUCUCAUGAAGUUGUUGCUUGGAUUAAGAGAAUUUUAAGAAGUGAAAAAACCGGUCAUUCUGGUACUUUAGAUCCUAAAGUUACUGGUUGUUUGAUUGUCUGUAUUGAUCGUGCUACCAGAUUAGUCAAAUCUCAACAGGGUGCUGGUAAGGAGUAUGUCUGUAUUGUUAGAUUGCAUGAGGAAUUAAAAGAUGCUAAAGAAAUGGGUAGAUCUUUAGAAAACUUGACUGGUGCUUUAUUCCAAAGACCUCCUUUAAUUUCUGCUGUUAAAAGACAAUUAAGAGUUCGUACUAUUUACGAUUCUAAUUUGAUCGAAUUCGAUAACAAGAGAGGUUUGGGUGUCUUCUGGGCGUCAUGUGAAGCCGGUACUUAUAUGAGAACUUUAUGUGUUCAUUUAGGUAUGUUAUUAGGUGUUGGUGGUCAUAUGCAAGAGUUACGUCGUGUUCGUUCCGGUGCUUUGAGUGAAAACGAUAACUUAGUUACUUUGCAUGAUGUUUUGGACGCUCAAUAUGUUUAUGAUAACACCAGAGAUGAAUCCUAUUUGAGAAAGAUUAUUCAACCUUUGGAGACUUUAUUAGUUGGCUAUAAGAGAAUUGUUGUUAAGGAUUCUGCUGUCAACUCUGUCUGUUAUGGUGCUAAAUUAAUGAUUCCUGGUUUGUUACGUUACGAAGAAGGUAUCGAAUUGUACGACGAAGUUGUUUUGAUGACAACUAAGGGUGAAGCAAUUGCAAUUGGUAUUGCUCAAAUGACCACAGUUGAUUUACAAGGUUGUGACCAUGGUGUUGUUGCUAAGGUCAAGAGAUGUAUUAUGGAACGUGAUACUUAUCCAAGAAGAUGGGGAUUAGGUCCAGUCGCUCAAAAGAAAAAGCAAUUAAAGGCUGAUGGUAAAUUAGAUAAAUAUGGUAGAGCCAACGAGAACACUCCAGAAACAUGGAAGAAAGACUAUAAGGACCAUGAUGAUGAACCAGCUCCUCCAGUUCCGGAAUCUAAAUUGGCUGCCCCAGAAAUUCAAACUUCUAAAAAAUUAAUUGAGGAAGUUGAAGUUGAAACUGAAGAAAAGGAAGAGAAGAAGGAAAAGAAGGAAAAGAAGGAAAAGAAAGAAAAGAAAGAAAAGAAGGACAAGAAGGAAAAGAAGGAAAAGAAGGAUAAGAAGAGAAAGGCAGACGAUAGCGAAGAAUCUUCCGAGAAGAAGAAAAAAUCCAAGAAAUAA